AUGGUGGGACGUUAUAUCUGUGCGCUCCCCUCGGACGAGGAACUUCAAGUCUUCGAAGAGAAAAUCAACUAUUCUUUCACCAAUUAUACUCUAUCGCGCGAGGCACUUCAAGUCUCCAACGGUUUCAACGGAGAUGGUAAUAAGGACCUUGCCUUGAUCGGCGACAGCAUUCUCGACUUGAUCAUUGUGAUCUCUGGCCGCAAAAAGAACAAGACGAAAGGAGAAAUCUCCGAAAUGAUCCAGCUGAAGGCCAGCAAUGCCGCUCUCGCCAAGCAAGGGUUUGUCCUCGGCAUUGACAGAUUCAUUGUCAAAAAUCCUUCCCAAAUUGAAAUCAUGCCCAAAGUCAUGGCCACCACCAUGGAGGCCAUCGUUGGGGCAGUGUACAUCGACUGCAAUGAGCAGAUCCAGCCAUGUGAAGAUGUCAUGACCGCCUUGGGUCUUUCUUGGUCUGAGUGA